UGCUGAGCCGCUCCCUCGCGGGUUUCCCCUCCUGAGAAAAAAGUUGCUCCCUUUUUUGUUCGAGCAAACCUCUUGCCCUCACCCGCACAACAGGGCCCGAGUGACAAGCGUAAGAAUUUCUUGGUAUAAUCCCUGCUUUCUGGGUCUGUACGCGCGAGUGUUCGCGUUUUGGUGCAUGCGGAUAGAAACCCUUUGGUAGGCACUUCCAAAUUGCUGAAAGUAAGGUUUUUGAAGCGAGUUACGGCUUUGCCUUUUCGUUUUGAAGAAACAAUGGCAUCGAGGGUUGCUUUGAAAUUGGUGAGGGAAUGUUCGUUGUAUAGGACGGUCAAACGCAGUAAUGUCUCCAGACAUUGUUUUUCCACUGCUUCUUCAACUAAUAAUGGCGCCCCACAGUCUCAGAUUCCCAAAAAGGUUCCUCAUUCUUCCAAAAAGGGGAGGUUAUUUACUGGAGCUGCAAUUGGUCUAGUUAUAGGUGGAGGUGCGUAUGCAAGUACGGUGGAUGAAGCAACCUUCUGUGGCUGGCUAUUUUCGGCAACAAAAUUAGUCAACCCAUUUUUUGCCCUGCUGGAUCCAGAGUUUGCUCAUCGGAUGGGAGUCACUGCUGCUUCUCGUGGAUGGGUUCCAAUAGAGAAGAGGCCUGAUCCACCAAUAUUAGAACUCGAAGUUUGGGGGAGAAGGUUCUCCAAUCCAAUUGGUCUUGCUGCUGGUUUUGAUAAAAAUGCUGAGGCCAUUGAAGGUCUACUUGGUCUAGGUUUUGGCUUUGUUGAGGUUGGAUCAGUCACUCCAGUUCCACAGGAGGGUAAUCCGAAACCUCGUAUAUUCAGACUGCGAAAUGAAGGUGCAAUAAUCAAUAGGUGUGGAUUCAAUAGUGAAGGAAUUGUUGUUGUUGCUAAGCGGUUAGGUGCACAACAUGGUAAAAGGAAAUUGGAAACAUCAAGCACCUCUUCGCCUGUUGGAGAUGAGAUUGUACAAGGAGGUAAAGCUGGCCCUGGAAUUCUUGGGGUUAACCUUGGAAAGAAUAAGACAAGUGAAGAUGCUGCAGCAGAUUAUGUACAAGGAGUCCAUACCUUAUCGCAAUAUGCUGAUUACUUGGUUAUCAAUAUCUCAUCCCCAAACACUCCUGGCCUGCGACAACUUCAGGGAAGGAAACAGUUGAAAGAUCUCGUCAAGAAGGUUCAAGCUGCCCGCGAUGAAAUGCAAUGGGGUGAGGAAGGACCCCCACCUUUGCUCGUGAAGAUUGCUCCAGACUUGUCCAAACAGGAUCUUGAAGAUAUUGCAGCUGUUGCUCUUGCUCUUCGGGUAGAUGGAUUGAUCAUAUCAAACACUACAAUUCAAAGACCGGAUGCCGUGAAAAACAAUCCAGUUUCUGAAGAAAGCGGUGGCUUAAGUGGCAAACCACUCUUUGAUUUAUCCACAGACAUACUCAAGGACAUGUAUAUUCUUACAAAGGGAAAGAUUCCGUUGAUAGGUUGUGGAGGAGUCAGCAGUGGUGAAGACGCAUACAAUAAAAUACGAGCAGGAGCAACCCUUGUUCAGCUGUAUACUGCAUUUGCAUACGGAGGACCUGCACUUAUUCCCUGCAUCAAGGCCGAGCUUGCAGCGUGUUUACAUCGGGAUGGUUUCAAGUCUGUCAAUGAAGCAGUUGGUGCAGAUUGCAGAUAGCCUUCCUAAAAGCUUGAAUCCAAUUUUCAAAUGAUUUUUUCUUUCCUUUUUUUUUGGCUUUUUGUUUUCUCUACAUGCUCUGUUGCCAAUUGAUUACCACUUUGUACACAAGCCCUUGUGAGAGCUUUUCCUUCUGUUACAAAUAUCUUGUUUAAUUUUGUAAUAAUCUGUUGGUCGAAACAAUAAGCAAAAUUUUGUACCAAUACCUGAUCAAUUCUCCAUAAGUUUUAUUAGAUAUUGGAUGUAUUCACUAA